GGCCGCGGGCCCGCGGCCGCGAAAGUCCUUCCUGCGCCACGAGAAGCCAAGGAGAGCGACAAGGAGGAGCGAGCGAAGAAUGGCUCCUCUCGUCCCCAAGAGCGGAGACGCGAUCUUCGCCAGUAUCGAUCGCGUGAAUGCGGAGCUGUUCACGCUCACGUACGGGGCGAUGGUGCGGCAGCUCCUCACGGAUCUGGAGGAGGUCGAUGUGGUCAACAAGCAGCUAGAUCAGAUGGGAUAUAACAUUGGCGUCCGCUUGAUUGAUGAAUUUCUGGCCAAAUCCAAUGUAUCUAGAUGUGUUGACUUCAAGGAGACAGCUGAUGUAAUUGCAAAGGUUGGUUUAAAAAUGUUCUUAGGGGUUACCGCAUCUGUGUCUAAUUGGGAUCCUGAGGGAAGCAGUUUCAGCCUUGUUCUUGAUGAUAAUCCAUUGGUAGACUUUGUUGAGCUUCCUGAUACUUUCCAAGGUCUUCACUACUGUAACAUCUUAAGUGGAGUUAUACGAGGAGCAUUGGAAAUGGUGUCAAUGAAGACUGAAAUCACUUGGAUUCGCGACAUGCUCCAUGGAGACGAUGCAUACGAGCUCCGAGUGAAGCUUCUGAAGCAGAUCCCAGAGGAGUACCCUUACAAGGAUGACGAGUAAACUAGAUUUUUUGCUCAAUGACUUAAAAAGAACUCGAAUAGUUUCCUCUUUUAAAGUUCUUUUUAGAUUCUCACGCUGUUCUUUAGAUGCGCACCAUACAUGUGUACCUAAAUACAACUUACACAAGAUAUGCAACAUUUCCUUUGGGUUAGUUGUUCGAAAACUACA